AUGGGUAACUCUAUAUCGAAAGCGUUGAGUAAAUUGUUUGGAUCCCGUGAGAUGAAAAUUUUAAUGUUGGGUUUAGAUAAUGCAGGUAAGACUACAAUUUUAUAUAAAUUGAAAUUAAAUACUGUUAAAGCUGCUGCCCCUACUGUGGGAUUCAAUGUGGAAACUGUGACUUAUAAAAAUGUUAAAUUCAAUAUGUGGGAUGUCGGUGGACAAGAAAGGUUAAGACCUUUAUGGAGACACUAUUUCCCAGCUACUACAGCUUUAAUUUUUGUCAUUGAUGCACAUGAUAAGAAACGUUUAACAGAAGCGAAAGAAGAAUUAUAUAGUAUUAUUAGUGAAAAAGAAAUGGAAAAAGUUGUUUUGCUGGUUUGGGCUAAUAAGCAAGAUUUAAAAGGUGCAAUGUCUCCAAAGGAAGUAUCGAAUUUCCUACAAUUGAAGCAAAAUCUAAAGGACCAACUGUGGAAAGUUGUAGGUAGUAGUGCAGUUACAGGUUCUGGUCUUGUUGAAGGGUUGACAUGGAUCUCUAAUAAUACGCCGAAAAAAUAG